UCUGACCGAGCGGGUCCACGUCCGGCUGAGGCAGUUACCUCAGUCCGCCCCCCACUAUUCCGCGCGCUGCGGUGAAACAAAACGAACGUCCCUGUUGUUUGACGCUCGAUAUCUAACCCGGAAACGGCGACCGCAAAUCGUUUUUCUCCUCCUUUCAGCCCGGACCGCUGACUACGAGCGUGGCGUGGGUUUCCAGCCCUUCGACUCUCUGGUUUGUCCGUCAGCGUCAAGAGGCUGACCCCUGCUGGAGGACUGUGACCCUGGACCACCUGCCAGGCUGGGCCUCCUCGCUGCUGACAGUCUCACAGCUCCACUGCUGGUAUCAGAACAUGGGGAACCUACUGAAAGUUUUGACGUGCACAGAUCUGGAACAGGAGCCCAAUUUUUUCCUGGAUUUUGAGAAUGCCCAGCCCACAGACGCCGAGCGAGAGGUGUGGGAGCAGGUCGACAUCGUGCUGAAGGACGCCAAGGGGAUUCUGGACGAGCUGCAGGCGUACAAGGGAGCCGGCCAGGAGAUCAGAGAGGCCAUCUCUAAUCCAAACGACGAGGCCUUACAGGAGCAGGCGUGGGCGGCCGUCGUCCCCCUGGUGGGGAAACUGAAGAAGUUCUACGAGUUCUCCCAGAGACUGGAGGCAGCGCUGCACAGCCUCCUCGGAGCAUUGACCAGCGAGACGUACGAAGACCCCACACAGCACCUGGAGAGGGAGCAGGCGUUGGCCAAGCAGUUCGCAGAGAUACUGCACUUCACGCUGCGCUUCGACGAACUCAAGAUGACCAAUCCUGCCAUCCAGAAUGACUUCAGUUACUACAGGAGGACGCUGAGCCGCAUGAGGAUCAACAACGUACCGGCAGAGAUUGAAAAUGAAGUCAACAACGAGCUAGCGAAUCGAAUAUCGCUCUUCUACGCCGACGCCACGCCCAUGCUGAAGACGUUAAGUGACGGCACAACAAAGUUUGUAUCGGAGAAUAAGAACCUGCCCAUUGAGAACACGACGGACUGUUUAAGCACAAUGGCCACGGUUUGCAAAGUCAUGUUGGAAACACCGGAGUACCGCAGCCGCUUCACCAGCGAGGAGACGGUGUCCUUCUGCCUCAGGGUCAUGGUGGGGGUCAUCAUUCUGUACGACUACGUCCAUCCUGUAGGAGCUUUCGCCAAGUCGUCCAAAAUCGAUAUGAAAGGUUGCAUCAAAGUUCUCAAAGAUCAACCUCCGAACAGCGUGGAAGGUCUUCUCAAUGCUCUCAGGUACACGACCAAGCAUCUGAACGAUGAAUCGACCAACAAAACUAUCAAGAGCAUGCUGCAGUAGGACUGAGCUGCUCCACCCGCUCGCCUCACCCCCUGCUGGGGGGGCAGGGGAGGGCGGGGCACCACUCUCCCGACUGAUGCUGGUGCACAGAAUGUGUUUUUGUUUUUUUUUGUUUUUUUGGCUGUUUUUUUUUUUUUUUUAUGUUAAAAUGAGCUCAAGCUCCGCCCUCUUUUUUUAUUGCAAAAUGCUACUGCCAUUCUCAACGUCUUUUUCUGUGCCAAAAAGAUGUCGACGCUGUGAUGUUUUCACUCAAAGGCCAUUUCACACAAUGGCAGCUCAUGGAAACAUUUCAGAUCCUCUGGUGUUUUUAAAUACUUGUCUUGUGUGUGUUUUUUUUUUCUUCCCUGAAUAAGGGAUGGGAGUGCUUUGACUUGAAAAAAUUUCAGAGAGAUAUAUAGAGAAGUAUAUAUUAUUUUUGUUUGAUUCAUUAUUUAAUAUUCCAGCUGCAUGAUAAACAUGUCGUCGUAUUUAAGCGAAAUAAGAAACUAAUGGUUCAGUUGAAUUCGUCUGCUCUAUUGUGCGUUUAUGAAAUGUUUCGUUAUUGAAAUGGUACCUGUCAAAAAUGAGAUUCGAGAGUACUGUUUUUAUAUUUUUUAUAGGUUUUAAUUUGUGCGUAUGGCUCAUUUUUUGAUUUUUUUUUUUCAUAGUUGUUUUUUUUUUUUUUCAGUUGAGAACUUGGAACUGUGAUGUGUGAAAAGUGGUAUUAAAACUGGGAGUCUGUACUGUAAAUGGACAGUAUGUUGUGGCCGCAGACAUUAAAAAGAGAACUCUUGUUUUCUACAAACUCCUUGUCCGAGGUCGUUUCUGUGCGACCGCCGUCAGUCGAUGGAAAUGAUUUAUGGCGUGACGACGUGGAACGUUUAAAGAACGUUUUAGUUCCUCACGGGGGAAGCAUCAAAAUGUGGAUUAGUAAAACUCUGCCGCACUUCUUAAACCAGUCACUGUCUGCACCAAGGUCCAUUGAGGAACUGGGUGAUUUUAGAUCACAGCUCAGGGGAGACGUUGAGCCGCUGCUUCCAUUACUGAGGUGGAAUGUGUGACUUUUAUCACAGCGCUGUUUGAAAUCCUUCUUCUUGAAAUUACCUGAGUGACACAACGUUAGCGAACAAGGCGGCAGUGGAGCAGCUGCUCCUCUGUUCCUGCGGGCUUAAAAACGUGGAUUUUCUCAAUGGACUCUGGUCUGGUCUGCGUUGACAAACUUCAUUUCUUAUUCAAAAAAUGCUUGAUAGUGAGAACGAGUGUCAGAUGUUUUAUUGUUGUAGAGCGGAGGUGACUUUUUUGAUUUAUUAGAUGACAUUAUCUGUCAUGAUGUCAUUGGAGUUCUAACUCUUAACAUACAUUCUUUUUUUUUUUGUUUGUUUUUAAGCCAAUAUUUUCAUCAACCUGCGUUCAUUUCCUUCUCGUCCAAACCUGCAUGUAAUUACAGCUGAAGAGAAAUUUCAGAAGAAAAAAAAAAUCUAUUGAACACUAAUGGCUCGUCAUCAUUAAUUAAUGGGCAGAUUAAUUGAAGCAGAGGAAAAGAAGUAAUGGAUGAAACGGGCCAUGUCGUGUCUGCAGUAAUUAAAAACAUCUAUUUGUGUCUUUUUCGCUGCUGCUGCCGCUGCUCUUAAUGAUUCAUUAAAGUCAUAAUUACACCUCUUCACUGACAGGUGGUCGUUUCAUCAAA